AUGAGUGAUUACAGCAUUGACAUGAUACAACAAGACCAAGUUGAUCACAGCUUUCCAUCUCAGAUUUCAGAACCCCUGAUGAACAGAAUGACCCCAGAGAAUCCCCAGCCAGACCUGUUUAUCAACAUGGAUGAUUCCAGCAUGAACUUGAUACCACAGGCUCCAGCUGAUCCCACGAUAUGGAAGAAGCAUCAAGAAUGCACCUCAUUCACCCACAUACAGCAUGAAGAGUUGGAGGCUCUGUUUAGCCAUACCAUGUUUCCAGAUAAAAAUCUCCAGAAGGAACUCGCUUUGAAACUCAACCUACCACAGUCAACGGUAAAGACUUGGUUCAAGAACCGGCGGUUCAAAUUGAGGAAGCAGCAGCGGCAAUAAGAGCAAUCACUAAAUCAACCAUACCAGAUCCUUCCAGGCAAGAAUAUGCCCCACUCACCCACAGCACCAACCAGGCCUCAUUCUUUUUUUCCUGCAGUUUCAGAUUUCUAUAGCUCCCUUCCACCUCAGCCCUGGCCUUCUAAUUGGGCAUGGGACUCUGUCAUCACUGAGAGUCCCACAAGUGAUGUCCAAAUGCAAGAUCCUCAGUUGGAGAGGCUAGUGGCCUCAGUUCCUGCCUUGUACUCGGAUGCCUAUGACAUAGCCCAAAUCAUAAAACUAUAUAGUUUUCCUGAUGAGGAUGAGAUAUCCAGAUCUUCUUUUCACUGUCUAUAUCAGUAUCUCUCACCCACAAGGCCCCAGCUAGAAGAACAGAGUUCCUCUCUUAACGUCUUUGCUGGUCUGGCUUUAGGUCUAUCUCCUGGGCAAACCUGGUCCAGUAUGACAAGCUGGGGCUUUGCAGCCUACAGUCUAAGAGACAGUCUGGAAUUCCAGAACCCCUCCAGCAUGGUGGACUUUGGAUUUCAUUGA